AUGAUGCAUUUGCUUUCUAGGUGGCAACAGCCAUCCUCAGCGCCUGCUGGAAAUGAUGAUGAUGAUGAUGCUGCUGAUGAUGAUGAUGAUGACGAUGAUGAUGAUGAUGAUGAUGAUGAUGAUGAUGAUGAUGAUGAUGAUGAUGAUGAUGAGGAGGAGGAGGAGGAGGAGGAGGAGGAUGGUCCUUUAGGAUCUGGGCGGUGUUUAUCUCCUUUAUUUAGGCCAUUCUUUCGGAAUGGCUGGUCUUAG